AUGGUGGUGGCAAUGCACGGUAGUGGCAGUGCAGGCCCCACCCGAUCGUCAAUCAGCAACUGUACGGCCCCGGGGGCAAACCAGCCCCGGAUCCAGGUUAAAAAUACUGCGAAAACCACUGGAGAUAGGAAAGACUCAGUGGACAGUAUAGAUCUGGUGUGGGACGAGGAAACGCAGACGUCGGUACCUAGAACAGCGACACCUGCUUUUCACAAGGUAUUUGGCGCCAUUCCAAGAAGCUACUCUUUCAGUGGCACUAGGAAAAGAAAAGAGUCCACGGAAGUUUACGUUAUAAGAGAAGCUAUCGAGGAAAUAACCAGGUUGUCCAUGGAGUUGGAGAGAAAUGUAGAGCAAAAUACAAAGAGAAAAAUGAAGAACCUCGCAGAAACGCUUAAAGAACAGGUGGAGAUACUAAAUAGGGUGAUAAUUAGGGACUGGUUAAAUAAACAUAGAUACGAGGAUGCACAAAAAAUUAUUUUCGACGGUGAAUCACAAACGGAGGAAAAUGUCGGGAGUUAUGCGCAAAAAAAGAGGACUGAGGAGCAGGAAACUCAGACGGAGGCAGAGGCACCGAGUGGGACAACUGGACAACAAGAGAGCAGACAGUUGAUGUUACAGUGUGUAUCCAUAAAACAGAAAAUGCCAGAGGGGACAGCUAGAGGGUUCUGGACUACGGCGCAGGCAUUUUCAAAGGAAUACCCAGGUGGCGAAAUACCGAAGCCAGGGCAGGUGGUCGCAGUAAAACAAAAGGUAACAUCUAGCGUGGGCGACAAGAGUGUAGGGGAGACUACAACUACAUCCUGGCUGUUAAUGCAGGAGGAAAAGGGUAGUGAGCCGCUGAUAAGCAGGUGUGCGAGGCAAGCUUGUCUUGUUAGGUUGGCGGAGAUGCUAAGGAGCGAGGGCACCUGCAGAGUAUCCUUGAGGAUGAUACAGGGUGUACCUCUUGAAAAAGAGUUAAUGGAGGCAAUUGGGCAAGUAAAGCUCGAGGUUAUACUUCUAGGCGAAGCGAGGCAGGGCACCUGGAGCGACGUGGUAAAAGGUACAGGCGCCAAAGAAGGCCCACCGAGUGAACAGGGCCAAAGGAAACAAAAACGCACUGGGAAAAAAUCAAAGCCAGGCAUGGUGACGAUAGGUACCAGAGACAGGGGGUAUAACGAGACGCUGAGGGAAGUCAGGUCUGGUGGAGAGGCUUGCGAGCUAGGGCCGUCAGGGACUCUGGAGGAAGUCGCAGAAGGCGCCGAGUGCACCCAGACCCUCUUCAAGAGCGUUAAUUCCUAUAUCAAAAAAAUCUUCAAGAGGUCGUCUGGACAGGCGGCCUCUGCGUUCCCUCCUACCGUCUCUGUUGCUAACCUGGUGUCAUACGCCUGUGCCACUAUUGGCAAUAUCAAAGUUAAGACAACUGGCAAUAAGUCUAUCACUGCCAGACCUAUACAUAAGAUAGAGAUCUCCCGAAUUAAUCCUGCCGAAUUCGAGUCUUCGGAGACUGUCAAGAACAGCGUUCUAGCCAGGAUCAACCCGGCCACCAUAGGCUUCGAGAUGUCAAAAAUUUAUAAAUCUAAAAAUAAUCGCAUGAUUCUAAUCAGUAAAUUACUCGACCUUCCCGAGUGGUCUGCUCUAAAGCUGAAAGCUUCUUCAUUUAAAAAGAAAUUGCCUCGAUUAUCAAUUUUUGGUGUCCCAUCGACUUUGACGAGCGAGGAAUUAGCCAGGUCUAUUAUUUAA